UCAGCUUCAUUAUUAGCCAUGGGCCUACGAAUCAGCGAUACGAUCAGGCAGGAUCAUCAGCAAAUCAUAGCAUGCUACCAUCGCCUCAUUGACUCGACCGAUCACGACGAGCAGACCAGGUUUCAGAACCUGUUCACCUGGGAAUUGGCGCGUCACUCCAUUGGAGAGGAACUGGUGGUUUAUCCAGCCUUUGAAAAACAUAUCGAAAAUGGCGUUUCGCUAGCUGAUAAAGAUCGCGGAGAGCAUCAGGGUAUUAAAGAACAACUAAAAAAGUUUCAGAACAUGCACCCGUCCAAUCCGCAAUUCAUUCCCACAAUCAAAACCCUUAUGGAACAUCUAUCGCAGCAUAUCAAAGAGGAGGAGACCAUUGACCUGGUGAAACUCGAGGGCGUCAUAUCUGCAGAGGAGAGCCAAAGUCUGUCCAAGAGUUUUGACAGGACUAAAAUCUUUGUUCCUUCGCGCUCACAUCCCAUAGCACCGAAUAAGCCACCGUUUGAGACGGCUGUUAGCCUAAUGAUGGCGCCCAUUGAUCAGCUGGCUGAUCUGUUCCGCAAGUGGCCGCAUCGUGACCAGGUUGCCAAAUAG